AUGUCGUCUCUCAAUGGGUGGGGUCUCACCUUGACCUACUUCCUCGUCGUUGUCAUCUCUUUGGUCGCAGCCAAACCCACACUUAAGCUCACUACCUCCCGAAUCUCACAAUGCGUCGACAUCGAGUUCCAGUAUGGGGGCGGUACUCCACCAUACACGUUCAAUGCUGUUGCUGCAUUUCUUCCCUCUCAGACCCUUCGACUUGAUCAGAGUAGCGGUACGGCAAGUUGGAACUGUGUUUUCCCGAGGUUCAACCAGGCCACCAAAAAGACCACUCAACUCACGUUUUUUAUCGAGGACUCCAAUGGUGAUUUCUCGUCUGCGACCACGCUCCUCGAUGUCAACGAGAACCCAGGCAUCUCGUGUUCAAUUUACCAGGACCCGCCUUUCCAGUUUCGGUGGUCGGACAGCAUGGGCGGCUCGGGACCUGGCGCCAUUGUUCCCCAAUGCAAGAGUCUCAGCCUCACAACGGUAAUGGCAGCCAACCAGAACAUAACCGUGAAUUUGCCUCUCGUCCUAAUUGGCAUUGUACCCGGAGGAGAUGUGUGGAAGACGACCGGAGCGCCCGACACGUCCGAGCUGACGCUUCCUCUGAAUGUCGAAGCCGGCAACCAGGUCGUCUUCACAAUGCGUGACUACCAGAAGCACCAAGGGGGAAGCACCGAUAUCAUGUCCGUCGUGUCCGGGACCGAGUGUGGUGUGCUUCACUCUAGACCGUCUCCGAUUUCGGCCUCCAAGUCAUCGAGUUUGAGCGGGGGUACCAUUGCUGGCAUCGCGAUUGGCGGAGCAGCGGCCCUGGCGAUUGUUUGUUUGAGCAUCUUCGCUUGUUUCUGGUGGCGCCGCCGCACCGCGGCCAAGAAGGUCUCCUACGCGCAAGCACCAGUCGACCUUGCGGAGCCGGACCCGUACUUUGGUCCGAACGGUCCGCCCAUGCAGGUCAUCCGGUCCCCAACGGACUUGAAUCCUAACCUCCAGUUCCAGGGGACAAAGCUCAACGAGGGCCACGGCUCGUACGUCCGCUCAACAGGGUCCACGACAGAGACAUCGAGCGCCGUCGGGUACUACCAGGCGGCUCCUCUGCCGAGCUCCGUGAGAGGCCCCCUGUCUCACAAGUCGGUCCCGUCGAGCUUCUCGGGUUCUCUUCCUGGUACGGCGGUGUUCGCUAUCGGCGACCCAACUGUCAACGUCAACGAUGUGCAGCCCACCUACCGCAUCCAGGAAGAUGCCGGCCCCGUCCCCCAGGUGCUUGCGAGCGCCUCGGACCAAAUCGUCGACAUGCCUCCAACAUACAACCCAACAUGGAGUGCGUCGCAAGGCAGACCGCGGCGGCAAGUCAAGACGCCAGCCCACACUACAGACCACAUGGGCGCUCAUGCGAAUGACAGAGCUUGA